CGACAACAGCAUCAAGUUUAUAUUUUUAUUCUUUGCCGACUUCUUUCAAUAACCGAAUUCGUAUCAGUGCCCGCGCCGCCGCGUCAACUCGUUGAUCGUACACCGUAACAGCAGCAGCAGCAGCAGCAGCAACAGCGAACGCCUAAAAAACCGAGUCAACAAAAUGUGCUUCAAUUACAAUUUACAAUGGGCGGCAUGAAGGAAAUGGAGCACAUAAUGCAGGAUGCCAGCAGCAGCAGCUAUUCCAUAUCCUACACCGACUGGAUAGCUGCUGAGUCACGACGCGGCGCCAGCAGCUACAAUCUGGACACAGAGCAGCAUCAUCAUCCACAGCAGCAGCAACACGAGCAGCUUCAUCAUCAGCAGCAACUUCAUCAGCAGCAGCAGCAACAGCAACAGCCACAACAUCAUCAUCAUCAUCAUCAUUACUACGAGGCAGCCAAGGACGACCCAGCACAGCUGCAACACCUGCCACUGACUGCCGCAGGCAUCGAGCUGCAACUGAACGAACAGCAGCAGCAACAGCAGCAGCAACCUUCACAUCCGCCGCCCCCAACACUGCCGCAACCAGCGCCAACGGAUGAUGUUGUUGCCGUGCCGCCCACCUCGAGUGCCUCCUCCUCCUCGUUUGCCGUCUACAACUAUUACAGGCAUGAGGAACACGAGGAGGAUCAACAACAGCAACAACAGCAGCAGCAACAACAGUUGGUGUGGAGCAAUGCGAGCAGCGCCGGCAAAUUAAAUGGCCAGACCACACCUAUCGAUGUCUCUGGCCUAUCGCAAAAUGAAAUUCAAGGCUUUCUGCUUGGUUCACACCCCUCAUCGUCGGCGACCACAACCGGCGUGGUGUCCACCACAACCAUCUCGAAUCAGCAGCAGCAGCAACAGCAGCAGCAACAUCAACAACAGCAGCAGCAACAACAACAGCAGCAGCAUCAACAACAGCAUCCCAGCGAUAUUGUAACCAUCACCACGGCGGGUGUGGGGAGUGCGGGCUCAAUUGUCUCCGCUGCCGUUCAACAACAGCAGCAACAGCAACAACAACAACAACAGCAGCAGCAGCUGCUGAGCAUCAAACGAGAACCCGAAGACUUGAGCAAGGAUCCCAAGAAUGGCAACAUUGGCGCCGUCGCAGCCAACGGUGGCGGCACCGUGAUAACGCAGAAGUCCUUCGACUACACGGAACUCUGCCAGCCGGGCACGCUGAUCGAUGCCAAUGGCAGCAUACCCGUCUCGGUGAACAGCAUCCAGCAGCGGACUGUGGUCCACGGCAGUCAGAAUAGUCCAACCACAUCGCUGGUGGAUACCAGCACAAAUGGCUCAACACGCUCGAGGCCCUGGCACGAUUUCGGACGUCAAAACGAUGCUGAUAAAAUUCAAAUACCAAAAAUCUUCACAAAUGUCGGCUUUCGCUAUCAUCUGGAGAGCCCGAUUAGUUCGUCGCAGAGGCGUGAGGACGAUCGCAUCACCUACAUCAAUAAGGGACAGUUCUAUGGCAUCACCUUGGAGUAUGUGCACGAUGCGGAAAAGCCAAUCAAGAAUACAACAGUUAAGAGUGUGAUCAUGUUAAUGUUUCGCGAGGAGAAGAGCCCCGAAGAUGAGAUAAAGGCCUGGCAAUUCUGGCACAGUCGUCAGCAUUCCGUGAAGCAAAGAAUCUUGGAUGCAGACACAAAGAACUCGGUUGGUCUCGUUGGCUGCAUUGAGGAAGUGUCGCACAAUGCCAUCGCCGUCUAUUGGAAUCCGCUCGAGAGCUCUGCCAAGAUCAACAUUGCCGUACAGUGUCUCAGCACGGACUUUAGCAGUCAAAAAGGUGUCAAGGGUCUGCCGCUGCACGUUCAGAUCGAUACGUUCGAGGAUCCACGAGAUGCGACGGUCUUCCAUCGGGGCUACUGUCAGAUAAAGGUCUUCUGCGAUAAGGGUGCGGAACGCAAGACGCGCGAUGAGGAGCGACGUGCCGCAAAGCGCAAGAUGACAGCAACUGGACGCAAGAAGCUGGAUGAGCUCUAUCAUCCGGUGACGGAUCGCUCCGAGUUCUAUGGCAUGCAGGAUCUGGCCAAGCCCCCGGUCCUCUUCUCGCCCGCCGAGGACAUUGAGAAGGUAACAACAACAACAACUAGCGCUUGCAUGCCACCAGUUGAAGAUCAAACGUUACACUCAAUUGCUUAUGCUCCACAGAGCUUCUAUGGCCACGAGACUGACUCGCCGGAACUGAAAGGCGCCUCACCGUUCUUGUUGCACGGCCAAAAGGUUGCCACGCCCACGCUCAAAUUCCACAAUCACUUUCCGCCCGACAUGCAGACUGACAAGAAGGAUCACAUAUUGGAUCAGAGCAUGUUAACCAGCACUCCCAUGUCCGACUUUGGGCCACCGAUGAAACGGGGACGAAUGACGCCGCCAACCACGGAGCGUGUCAUGCUGUAUGUGCGGCAGGAGAACGAGGAGGUCUACACGCCCCUUCAUGUGGUGCCGCCCACCACAAUUGGCCUGCUCAAUGCGAUUGAAAACAAAUACAAAAUCUCAACAACGAGCAUAAAUAACAUUUAUCGCACAAAUAAGAAGGGGAUUACGGCGAAAAUUGAUGAUGAUAUGAUAUCUUUCUACUGCAACGAGGACAUCUUUUUGCUGGAGGUGCAACAAAUCGAGGAUGACCUGUACGAUGUGACGCUCACGGAGCUGCCCAAUCAGUAGUCGCGUGCUCUCAAAAUCAACACUUUCCCCUCUCCCCCCAAACACACAUUCCCCCACACACACACACAUACACACACACACUCAAAAAUGUGGACACAAUUUUGCUAACAAAAAAGUUGUUUCAAUAAGCCAUUUAUAUACAUAUAUAGAAAUGUUAAGUUUAGUCCUUAGAGCAGCGUAAUAUGUCUAUCGAUAACGGUAACGAUAACGAUAACGGAAAACUGAACAAAAAUCGAGAACAAAUUCGGCGGCGAUAACAAAAUGUUUAGCUGUACUUAAUAUGUAUAUGCAUGAUAUUUGUUUUUUUUUAUACAUACAUAUAUAUCUGUUAUUUUAGUAACAAUGAGAUUACAACAAUUCUUUAACAAAUUUCAAUGCUGUAAUUAAGUGAAAUUAUUCAGAUACAUCAGAUAGAUAUAUCUAUACCCAUAUAUAUAUAUAUACAAUACAUAUACACGUAUCUAUGCGUUUGUCUUAAGUAAAUUUACAAAACAAGAAUAGAGUGCAAAAUGUCUGUCCAGUAAAACGUAAGUUCGCUCUUCCCCCGCUCCCUUUAGCUAGACCAUAGGUCCCGCCCUCCCCUCAAAACAAAAAAAAACUCCCCUUACUUUGCUCCCCAUACUCUAUUAAAAUAUAUAUGUUUAUCUUUAUCUAUAUGCUAACUGAUAAAUCAAGCUAAUGAAUUGUACUCGUCUUAAGUCAACAUUUUUAUUAUUGUUAAAUAUACAAAACAACACAACAAAUUGUAAUAUUUUUUUCCAAAAAACUAAAACCUCCUUCUUCCCCCUUCCCUUGAUCGUUUGUUCUACGCCCAUGCCCUAUUGCCCUUUGACCUUGUUAUUUGUGGCUAUAAUACAUAUAUAUAUAAUGUUGAAAUAUCUAGGAUCUCUGCUUAAUGAAAACAAAAAAGAAGCAAGUUAAUUAAUUAAUUCGUUAAUUAAUGUCGAAUGUUUGCCUCCCAAAUGCCUAGAACAAAACGAGAAGAAUGAAAAAAGAUAACAAAAUAAGAAUUGUUAACGAAAUGGUAAAAAACAAAACAAAAACAAAAAACCACACUUUAAAGUAAUUAAAUUGUAGUUAAUUAAGUCGCUCUGCAAUAAAACAUGUUGAUACAAAUCUUAAUUAAGUCCAAGUUAAGGCAAGAAACAAAAAGCGAAAAACAAAAAAAAAAACAUAAACUAAAAAUGGAAAAAAGAAACAAAAAACAAUUGUGUGCAUUUGUUGUAAAACAAAAAAAAUCUACAAAAUAAUCAACAAAACGUUAAAAGUUGAUACAAAACUAAAAAAGAAGA